UGAAAGCCCUUAUAUUCAAUUCAUACAUCAGAGAAUGGGAUGGGGACACAUGCAUAAACAAAUAUUGUUCAGCUGUCCAAAAUAUGAAAAGUGAUGCUAUUUUUGUUUUCUCUCUAAAAAAUAGCCACAGUCUACACACAUACACAUGCUGGAACCUAACCCACUUAGCAGUAUACGUUCAUUACCAAUCAGAAAAUCUAGUUUUGUUUUCAACCAUUGGAUUUCAUCCAAGGUAUAUAAUGUAAAAUAGAACCUGCUCCCAUAUUAAUGGGCGAGAUAAGACAUUAUAAAAUCAAUUCAGAAGUAACAGAAAGAAGAAGAAAUACAUCAUCAUCAAGAAGCUAAAAUGAAAAGAACAGAGUUAUUGUUCAUCCCAUCUCCUGGAAUAAGUCACCUAGUCUCCAUGCUUGAAUUCGCCAAGCGCUUGAGACAAUAUGAUGAACGAAUUUUCAUCACAAUCCUCAUUAUGAAAUUUCCCAACCAUGACGCAUAUAUUAAUUCCCUAGUGCCCUCACUAUCACAAUCCCGAGUCAAACUCGCUCAUCUCCCUCAAGUUGACCCACCUCCACCCGACCUACUCAACUCACCAGAAAGUUAUGUCUACGUGUACGUGGAGAGUCUUGUUCCUCAUGUCAGAGAUGCACUUAAACAUAUUGUGCCAUCUCACUCCAAUUUAGACACCACUCACUUUGUAAUGGUUCUUGAUUUCUUUUGUAUGCCUAUGAUGGAUGUGGCCAACGAGCUAGGCCUCCCUUCUUAUAUGUUCAUGCCUUCCAACAUUGGAUUUCUUAGUUCAAUGCUUUACCUUGCAACUCGUCAUGACCAGAUCAACUCCGAGUUGAAAGAAUCAAAUCCAGAUGAGUAUAGCUUAAAGGGUUUUCAUAAUCCUGUUCCUUGGAGUGCCCUUCCUCAAGCUUAUUUUUGCAAAGAUGGUGGCUACUCUGCUUGUGUUAAAAUGGUUCGAAGGUUCAAAGAGACAAAAGGAAUUAUAGUGAAUUCUUUUGAGGGAUUGGAGGCUCAUGGUGUUAGCUCCUUUAAUGAUGGAGAAACACCUCCAAUUUACAUGGUUGGACCGGCGGUUAACUUCAAGGGACAACCUCACUCAAGUACAGAUCAUGUUCAGAACAAUAGAAUCUUCAAAUGGCUUGAUGAGCAGCCUCAGUCAUCUGUAGUGUUUCUCUGCUUUGGGAGUCUUGGUACUUUUGAUGCUUCACAGUUGAGAGAGAUUGCAUCUGGAUUGGAAUGCAGUGGCCAUAGAUUCUUGUGGUGUAUACGAGUUCAACAGCCGACACUAAUAGACGAAAUCUUGCCAAAAGAAUUCUUGGAAAGGAUUGGAAGUAAAGGAAUGAUAUGCAAUGAGUGGGCGCCUCAGGUGGAAGUCUUGGCUCACAAUGCUGUGGGUGGCUUUGUGUCCCAUUGUGGCUGGAAUUCUAUAUUGGAGAGUUUAUGGUAUGGGGUUCCCAUUGUAACAUGGCCAGUUUAUGCAGAGCAACAACUUAAUGCAUUUCAGAUGGUGAGGGAGUUCGACUUAGCUAUUGAGUUGAGAUUGGAUUACAGGAAUCGUGGACAUAAUCAACUUGUGACAGCGGAGGAGAUUGGAAAUGCAGUAAAAAAGCUUAUGGAGGGUGAUCAUAAUGUGGUGAUGAGAAAGAAGGUGAAAGAGAUGAGUGAUAUUGCCAGGAAAUCUAUUGAGAAAGGUGGAUCCUCAUUUGAUGCUAUUCGAAAAUUUAUCAAUAAUAUCAUAGGAAGCAACUAGUGUUAAUUACUGUCUUGUUAAUGUGCUUAUUUCUAUGUUUGAUUUCAAUGUUACGCAUGCUCAUCAAUGUUGUUUCUUUCAUUUUAUUAACAAACAAAUGUCAUAAAUUAAGUUUGGAUAUUUUAUAAA